CCCGCCGCCCCCGAGGGGAUGGAGAGCCGCCCCCGAAGCCCCCGCACCGCUCGCGAUCGCACGCCGGCCGGCCCUCGCUAGCUGCUCGAAUUUUGCGUUUUACCCACCUCCCGGGCCUUGUCUCCUGAGUCAGUGGCGUUGCGGUUCGAAAGACAUGGAAGAAAAGGAGCGAUGUGACCGAUUCCGCGCGGCCCUCCUGCCUUGAGGCCUGGGUUGGCAGUUGCAGAGAGGAAAAUACAACAAAAAAAUCGUCGGGCGGGGUUUUGGAGGGGAGGGUGGGAGAAAGGCAACGAGGUCUUAGGUUUUCUGAUUUUUUCAAACAUUCUGCACUUUGACAGCGGUAGCGAAAUACACGAAUGCGUAAGUGAUCUUUCUAUUGAGAGGAGAAGAGGUGGAUUUUCUUUUUCCUUUUGAUUCCCACCUAGUCUCCCCGUGACAAAGCAUAAAUCAUGGACCUCAGAAAAUAAGGUUGGACCUCAGGGAUCCUGGAAAGACUGAGAAGCUUACUUAGCAUUCUUCCUCUGGAGGGAAGGGUGGGGUGUUUUCAGCCCUCUCUGGAACCUAAAACGAAAACAUGAGUUGCGUGCCAUGGAAAGGAGACAAGGCCAAAUCGGAAUCCUUGGAGCUGCCCCAGGCAGCACCCCCACAAAUCUACCAUGAGAAACAGCGCAGGGAGCUUUGUGCCCUGCAUGCCCUCAAUAACGUCUUCCAGGACAGCAAUGCCUUCACCCGGGACACCCUGCAAGAGAUUUUCCAGAGGUUGUCUCCGAACACCAUGGUGACGCCCCACAAGAAGAGCAUGCUGGGAAACGGGAACUACGACGUGAACGUCAUUAUGGCAGCACUUCAAACCAAAGGCUACGAAGCCGUCUGGUGGGACAAGCGCAGGGAUGUCAGUGCCAUUGCUCUCACUAACGUCAUGGGCUUCAUCAUGAACCUGCCGUCCAGCCUGUGCUGGGGUCCGCUGAAGCUGCCUCUCAAAAGGCAGCACUGGAUCUGUGUUCGAGAGGUGGGAGGUGCCUACUACAACCUCGACUCCAAACUGAAGAUGCCCGAGUGGAUUGGAGGCGAGAGCGAGCUCAGGAAAUUUCUAAAACAUCACUUGCGAGGAAAGAACUGUGAACUCCUGCUGGUGGUACCGGAAGAGGUGGAGGCCCAUCAGAGUUGGAGGGCUGACGUGUAACGCCCUUGUACCCACCCUUCCCUCAGCUCGGCUCCGGGAUCGUCUGUAACGUGUGGUGGCCAGCACAGUGGGUGUGCCCCUGCCACUUCCCACACAUCUCACUGGGGUUCCCCCUCGGACUGGACAGUGUGAUAGGAAGGACAGACGUGUGGACUGGCACAGGAACCAAAGGAAGGUAGGAGCUCUGUGUGCUUAGGGCAAGCCACGAAAGACCGUUGUUUUAUUUAAGAGAGCAGAAAGAAAGGUGGGCCCUGGCUGAUUUUCCCCAUCCCCAUGAGAACUUGACAGAGGCCCUGCUGGAGUUCACUGCUGCUGUGAGUCACCUGGAGAUGCUGCCUCCCCUUCCCCUUCCCCGGCAACCAGUGGGUCUGAGGACACCGUGCGUGCAAAGCCCCGCUGCCGGGCUUGACGGAUCCAGUGCAGAAGGGCCCCUCAGGAAACCAUCUCCAGAACGCCAGCAGCGGUACAGCUUGCCAUCUCCAACCCCUAAUGUCUCCCAUUGCCCCCAUUUUUAAGGGUGGUUCAUGGCCAUCCUUGGAGUUGUAUAAUGAAAAGUUCUCUAGUGUUCCAUGCCGGGUGGUUGAAUCCUGCAAUAUUCUAGUGGGACAGGGGAGCCAGAUACCUAAGAGGAUGUGGCGGAAGCCAGACUGGGGCGGCCUGGGCGGCCUGGCCGCCUCGCUCCAGCGUCGUCCUUCCAGCUUCACUACAUGGAUUCAGGGGGCUCUGGGCACAAGGCGGGCAGAGGGGCAGUCUUCCCGGUUGACAUACUCUGGCAAAGUCAGGAAACGGUGAGUCUGCUUUUGAUAGCAUCUUCCACUGGUUUGAGACACAGAUGGGUGAGGAAAGUAUUGUGAAGACGAGCUUCUCAGAGAUUAAGAGCAGCUAGAAUUGGUUGAAGUCCUCGGCUCAGAGUCCCCAAAGUGACAAGAGUCAGAGCCCUCGAGCUGGAUGUUUAUGUGCAUCAUGUUAUAGGACCUGGAUCUGUCACGUCUUUAGUUUCCCUUACAAAUCAACUGAAAAUCGAUCUAUCCCCUACCUCUCUAAAUAGUUGUAGGCCACUUUUCUCCUGUAACUUUGGAAAACAAGAGGAGGAGGGCACGUGUACCACACGGCAUGUCACCGAAGUGGUUGUAGCCACCUCGAGGUGGGGUGGCCCGUCUGCCGCACUUACACACAGGCCUACACACAGCCGGUCUCGGCAGGUCUGAGAGCCGCCCCCCUGGCCAGCCGCCUCCAGCAGUAGAGCCAGCCCGGGCUUGCACGUCGAGCCUGAGCACGCUUGACAGGACGGAGUUGAGGCUUUCUCCCCACUGUGACUGGAGUGCAUGUUUACACCAGCACUUUUUCUGCACAUGUAUCUUCAAUCCGACAAGGCCGUUUUUAAUGCUGAGUUCCAGAGGCCACCAAGCGGCUACUGCAUCACACCCUCUCGGCCACUGGCCACAGUCUCUUCUGCACCAAUUUCCACACCACACCUGCUUGGCACCAUGGGGAGCCCCUUACCCCCUGCACAAUGACAUUCCAACCACCACCAGCCAGAAGUUACAGCUGACCUGAUUGUCACAAGCAGGACCUUGGGUCCAUGGGCCCGGUCAGUGAUAGUAAGCCAUUUCCUGGGAGGAGGGGGCGACUCCUCCCCACCACUCUGCUUGGGCCUGUGCAAGUGGCACUUCAAAGGAGUCCCCAGGCACUUGCGAGUCCAUGAGCCAAUGGGAUAUGCAAAGAUGCUUACACAUUUCAGGGCUGGUUUCUCUGUUCAUAUCCGAUUCUGGUGCUUAGGAACAGGGACCCAUGCUGAUGCUCAAGGGCAAAAAGCCCCAUGUCCUUGAAGGAAAGGGGCAGGCCUGACCCUGAUGCCCAGUUAAGGGGCAACCCUAGGCUUUUUGUUUUUCUUGCUUUUAUUCCUUUUUUUUGUUGGCCUUGUGCUGGGUUUGUUUACAAAAGAUGUAUUUUGUUUAACCAAAUAUUAAAAAUGGAAAACUCUGUAUGUCUUCUA